AUGUAUCUAUUCCUGCACCUCCGGUGCCUAUUACAACAAAUAAUAAUAAUAGUAACCGAAAAAAUCAUCUUCCCUUUGUCUAUGUGGAGGUAUUUUCCCAAAGUAAAAAAGGAACAACUCGAAAUUGAUUUACAAGAAGUAGGAAAUAGGCGGAAUCAAAGAUAUUGGAAACGUAAUAGGAAUAAUAGUAAUAAUAGAAAAUCAAUGAAAUUCAAUGAUGAAAAUGAAAAUGCUAAUGAUGAUGAUGAUGAUGAUGCUGCUUCUAGCAAUAUUGGUCUAGUGGUUAGGAAUGGGAAAUUAGUUCUUGCCAGUCCAACCUCCUUAAGUAAACGAAAGCAAGAAUUACGCUCUAAAUACCUUAAUGAAAGAAAAAACGAUGCCUAUUCAUAUUCAAGGAAACAAGAUAGCUUGUAUCAUAAGCGACAGGAUAGAUUACCAAAUAAAAAUAGUAAAGGCAAUAUGAUUUCGAAGAGAGACACAUCGAACCACGGUAAUAGGAAAAUGAUAUUCAAACAAACUCUUACGAGUAGAAUUAAUGAGAAUCAAUUAGUAUUAUCUACAGAUGUACCCGCAGAUUCAGAUAAAAUAUUAGUAUUCCAUAACUUGACUCUAGGUGUUGAUCAAGAAAGUUUAAAGAAAAUUUUACAAACUUUAGUUGAGACUGAAGUUGCCAAGAUUAGAGUUAGAGAUUUACCAAAUGGUUCUUCCAUUGCUAAUAUUUGGUUGGCAAAUAACACUUUAAUUGAAUUGGAGAGAGUUCGUGACCAUUUCCAUAAAGCAACAGUCGAUGGAAGAGAAAUUAGUGUUUUGAUCGCUGCAGACCCAUCAAAUACUUUAGCUUAUUAA